AUGGCAUCCUGCUCGGACACGGGAGGCAGCACCAGCAAGAAUGAGGACGACAAAGCAGCUUCUUGGGUGGCGAUGCCACAGAAGCAGCAGCUCGCCCUCAUCGUGAUGGCGAGGUUCUGCGAAACGAUAGCCGAUGGCAGCCUUCAGAGCUUCAUAAUAUUCCAGCUGCGGUCAUUUAUGCUGCCCGACGGCUCUGCGCCGAGCACCGCCAUGGUGGCUCUCCAGCUUUCCUUGCUACGGGCGAGCGUCGCGACGCCGCAGCUCGUUACUUCAACGCUUUGGGGUGUCCUGGCCGACCAUCCCCGUAUUGGACGGAAACCCGUCAUAGUCUUCGGUCUUGCGACGGCCGGAGUCGCCAGCUUGGGCUUGGCCUUCACGAGGAGCUUCGUCGGCGCGGUGCUCUGUCGGAUGCUCGUCGGAUUGGCGAAUGGCAACAAGCCUGCAAUGAGAAGCAUGAUCAGAGAGAUUAGCGGGGACAAAUUCGAGUCGCGAGCCGUGUUGCUGCUCCCGAUAGCUUUCAAUAUUGGAUCCAUUGUCGGACCAGUGCUGGGCGGGCUUCUCGCUGAGGGGGCUGUGAAUGGAUCACCGUGGUUGUCCAGAUGGCCUUUUGCAUUGCCAAACGUGGUUAAUGGAAUAAUGCAGAUGAGUUGUGCGGUCCUCAUAGCGUUUCAUCUCCGAGAGACUCUCAGCGACGCCAGCAAGUCAAAAUGCAAACGUGGACGACGCGUAUACACGUCCAUGGUCCCUGAAUGGGCCAGGCGACUCUAUGGUCGGUAUUUCCAGCGGAAACAGCAGUAUGAGUUACUUGAGAACCUGGAGCAAGAGAUGGAGGAGAGGGGAGAAUGCGAAACAGCCGGAGCACCCAAGCUGGAUGCGAAGAAACGAUACGUUAGCAUAUGGACGCGGCGCUUGGGUUUGACGCUCGCUGCCCGCGCACUGCUGGUGAUGCAUAUAUUUUCGUAUCCGGCACUUCUACUUGUCUUCACGUCGACACCACGGUACCAACCAGUCGAUGCGUCUGCAACGACGACGACGGCUGCCUCAGCGGUGGCAGAGGGCAACGUCAGGACCAACGGCACUUCGGCCUAUAUUCCUGUUCCUGCUGGCUACCAUCCACACGCGCCAUUCACCUUUACGGGCGGUCUUGCAUUCAAGCCGCAUGACCUCGCUGCCGUGUUUGCGAUCCGUGGCCUCGUGGGUCUGCUGCUGCAGCUCCUAUUCUUCCCGUAUCUGCGAGAUGUCUUUGGCACCCUCCGACUGUAUCGCUACGCUCUGCUCGUCUUCCCCGUGACGUAUUUUGUCACGCCGUAUCUGGCCACUAUCAAGUCCUCGACGCUGCCACCGUUGCCCUCAUCUGGCGUCUCGCUCUGGGUUAUGGUGUCAGCCAUUCUGGUGAUUCAGUCAACAGCUCGUUCGCUUGCUCUGCCAGCCGGGUCGAUGCUCCUCAACGCAGCGUGUCCGGAUAGGUCAGUUCUCGGUACGGUUAACGGCAUCGGCCAGAGCGUCUCAUCGGCGGCUAGGGCCAUCGGUCAACUGAUGAUGACAGGUUGGCUGUACGGCGUUGGCCUGAAGGUUGGCAUGGUCGGUAUAGCGUGGUGGGCCAUGGCGGGAGUGGCCACGGCGGCUGCGGUGGCAGCGGCGUGUGUUCCGGUUGAACCCUCUAGUGAGAAGAGAGAAUCGAGUACAUGA